UGUUUUUGGCCCUUUUCCCGCCUUGUGUCUUUCGGGCUCCUUCACUGCCCUUACUGUAUGUAUUGUACUGUGCGUACCUAGUAUUGAUGAUGUGAGAGCGAGUACCUACACCAAAGGAUGGGGAGGAUUCUGCCCGAAGAUACCACACACUGUUCCCUCUAGGCUCUUGGACAUUUUCUCAUCCCCCUGUGCCUUGCAUGCCCGAGAUGCGGGUCGUUCGGGCUCGACCCAUCAGUACUCAGAAAAUAUUUAUCGUUUUUAUAUCUGUACUUCUCCCGGACCUCUGGGAUUUCUUCUGCCAGCUGAAGGGGUUUCGAAAAAAUAAAAAGAGAAAGAGUAAGACAAUCGAACAAUAUGAGCAAAUAAAUUCGACUCUCGCCUAGCCAUCUCCCAGCCCACUACGUUCCUUUUUUGAUAUUUAUGAUUAUGAUGAUGAUGAUGAUGGUUUGAAUAUGAUCAUAUUAUCUGUCCUUCCUUUUGAAUAAAAUACACCUCGGAUCCGUCAUUCGCUUUACCUGAUCCAAGCCAACUGCCGAGGACAUUCCCUACUACCUACCAUACUCGUUAGCCCAUCGUUAGCCAGGAUUCUCAUCACUCAUCACUCGUCACUCAUUACCGAUUCGACCUGGAGCCAUCUUGAUCUACGCCAUCGAAUCGACAAGAUCGGUAGGUUUCAUAUACUUGAAACCAUCGAAUGCACAAUCCUUAAGCGGUCUUGGGGAACGACUGCAGAAUAUCAACUACACAUCAUGCUGGACCACGAAGCCACACAAGGAAAGCGGAGGAGCCCCGAGCUAUUAGCGCUACCGAAACUGAUCGUACCCACUACCAUUGUUGUCGAGGAUGUCGAUGCCAACUCAUCGAAUGGUAACGUCGUCCUCCAGCCUCAUGCCCUAAGUGUCGAUUUUCAGUAUAACAAAGGCGAGCCUGUAUCACCAUGCUCAGAUGUCUCACCCUCAUCUCGCUAUAGCGUUGUCUCACUUUCACCAUCCCUCUUUCCGCUACCACCAAGUAGUGCUACUCCGCCAACCACCGCUCACUCAUCAAUACCGGACUCGCCACCACCACCAUGCACAUCAGGCUCGCAUUCUUCUAUAAGUUCAUGGUUUUCCCCGCCAUCCCCGCCUCCCUCUACACCACUACCGCCCACGCCCACACAAAAAAGGCUAGCUAGCCUCAUCGGCCUUGCGAGCGGGCUUGAAAGUGUCCAAGUGCCUGCUUACGCAAAGGUUAAGAGUCCUCUUCCGGAGUCGCCUGAAAUAAGUCCGGCAUAUCCAAUAAACGAUCCCAGGAAGCCACCCCGGCGACUCACCAGUUUCACCAUCGACUCCCAGGGAUUCCGGGAGUCGGUAAUAGACCCAGACGUAACCCUUACACCAACCCCACCACCACCAAGGUCAUCGCUACCGCCUCCAUACUCGCCCGGUCUAUGCACUCCAGAGCGCUUCAGUAACGCCAGCGUGCCGAGCACCCGAGCGGACUCGACGACGCCGCUGGCGUAUAAUCUAGCGGAUUAUGAACACGGCCGAACUCCUCAUAGUCCUGAGUCCGAGCGCGAAAGGAGAAAGCAGCGCGGCGAUGUAGAGGCCGGAGGGACGGGUUGGUGGGCGCGACACUGGCAAAGCAAGCCGCAGAAAAGGAGAAGGAAGGUCACGACGACGAUUAUAGGUGCGGCUUCGGCUGCCCUGUUGAUGGUUGUCGCCGGGAUCGCCGUCGGGAUAUAUCUCGCAGUGUCCGGUCGUGCGUCAUUAUAGCCUGUAGGCAAGCCUUACCCCCUAUCUCUGACAAAGACAUUCUUCGUCUCGUGAUGAACGGUUGUAAGUUCAUACCUCAUAUUUUACCUUCUCACCUGCACGUAAUAUGUAUCCGAUAUGUAUAAGUAUCUGAUCUGAUAUAAGAUCAGGUAACUAGCUCAAGUAUG